AUGAAACCAGUUUCUCUUGAAAUAAUUCUCAAGGACGACAAAAGAAAGUACACUACCGGUGAUGUUAUUACAGGAACAGUGGUGGCUACAAUUACAAAGAGAGCCGAGAUAGAAGAGAUUAUAGUUAGAUUUCAAGGAAGUUCAAUAGCCCAGAAUCAUAGGGUAAUGGAUUUCACGGAGUCUAGUACCACUAAACUUUUAAGUAUGAUGAUGCCUCCAGAAUUAUUCUUUCAAACACCCAUAAAAGUACACCCUUCACCAGAACUGGGCUUCAAUCGACUGAUUCUCGGUGAAGGAACUUAUCGCUAUGAUUUCUCCAUUCCGCUACCGGAUGAUGGUUCUGGCAUUAAACUCCCACCUUCAUUCACUCAUAAAAAGAUCGAUAGCCUUGGAAUAAUCCAGUAUGAUAUUAAAGCAAUCGCAUAUAAAACCUCUGGAUUUAUAAAGACUGUGAACUUCUCAAAGAAUAUUGACUUUUGUCCGUUUGAAUCAACCCUUGAAGUUGAUUCCAGUCAACUUUUGGAUAGAAGUGGAUUGUCUCUUCCAAAAUUUGAAACAUGUAAUACAAGUUUGAAGUUUGGAUCUUUCGAAUCAAUCAAUAGUAACCUUUUCAAAAAAUUGGUCUCUCAUAAAAGCAUUAAGAUACCUUUUGAAUUAGGUGUAUCGUUUGAACAUGGGAAUAGUUUCCAGACUGAAAAAGGUAUUACCACAAGAUUUAUUAUGUCUAAGGUUAAUUUGAAGAGUCAGAUAAGUACCUAUUUAGGUAUUCCAAUAGCACCAGAAGCAAUUCGUAGUAUAACCUUUGGAAAUUCGGCUGAUUCGAAGGAAGAAUUCCGUCAAGAUCAAGCUAAAAUAAACAUAACCCAUAUUUAUAUCAUGCUACAGAGCUUUGUCAGGCUCAAGACGGAGUUACCAAGUACCGAAUCUCACAAAAAAUGGGUUCUUCGUGAUGAAAAAUGUGACUAUCAAUUAAAUUUAAAUGACUUUACUUCAGAAGAGUACCGUGGGAAUGGCGACAUAUAUAAAAAAAUUAGCCCUGAAAUUGAUCAUCUUGCUAACCUAGCAAGUUUCCACAUCCUUGACUUACCAGCACAGUUGUUUGACUGUGAAUUACCAGAAGAUACUAUUCCAACUUUCUCUUCUGAAAAAAUAGAUUACAACUAUCAGUUGUCAGUAGUUUUAAAAACUCGAGUUUACCCUGGUGGCUACAGUGAUAAGCUUGGUUUUACUUCAAACGUAAUUGUUAGAAAUAAUGACUCAAAUCCACACCCUCCUGAUUAUAAACCAUAA